AUGAUAUUUGUGAAGCAAGAGUUGAAGAGGUUCAAGACAAUCCUGUGCUCAGAUCUCCCAGAAGGAUUUAAGAGCCAGAGACAGGAUGAGGAAGGUAUGAACCCCGAAGAUAAGAAGCAGGAGAGCAGUGCCAAAGAGGGGGCUCUGAAGAUCACACUGCAGGUCCUAAGGCACAUGAACCAGAAGGAUCUUGCUGACUCACUGGUGAAAAGCUCUGUGGUCACAGAAGAAGGAUGUGCUUCUCUGGUCUCAGCUCUGAAAUCAAACCCCUCACACCUGAAAGAGCUGGAUCUGAGUUACAAUCACCCAGGAGACUCGGGAGCCAGACUGCUCUCUGCUGGACUGGAGGAUCCACACUGGAGACUGGAGAAACCCAUACUGUCAGGUUGUGGAAUCACUGAGGAAGGCUGUGUAUCUUUGGUCUCAGCUUUGAAGUUAAACCCCUCACACCUAAAAGAACUGGAUCUGAGUAACAAUGUCCUUCCAGGAGACUCGGGAAUCAGACUGCUCUCUGCUGGACUGGAGGAUCCACAUUGGAGACUGGAGAAACUGAAACUGUCAGGUUGUAAAAUCACUGAGGAUGGCUGUGUAUCUUUGGUCUCAGCUCUAAAGUCAAACCCCUCACACCUGAGAGAGCUGGAUCUGAGUAACAACCAUCUGAAUAAUUCAGGAGUGAAGGAGCUCUCUGCUUUGCUGAAGGAUCCACAAUGUAGACUGGAGACUCUUAGACUGUCAGGUUGUAGAAUCACUGAGAGUGGCUGUGCUUCUCUAGUCUCAGCUCUGAAUUCAAACCCCUCACAUCUGAAAGAGCUGGAUCUGAGUAACAAUGACCUGAAGGAUACGGGAGUGAAGCAGCUCUCUGCUUUGCUGAAGGAUCCACAAUGUAGACUGGAGACUCUGAGACUGUCAGGUUGUGGAAUCACUGAGAGUCGCUGUGCUCGUCUGGUCUCAGUUCUGAUGUCAAACCCCUCACACCUGAAAGAACUGGAUCUGAGUAACAACAACCUGAAGGAUACAGGAGUGGAGAGGCUCUCUGCUUUGCUGAAGGAGCCACAAUGUAGACUGGAGACUCUUAGGUUGUCAGGCUGUCUGGUGACAGAGAAAGGCUGUGGUUAUCUGGACUCAGCUUUGAAGUCAAAUCCCUCACACCUGAAAGAACUGGAUCUGAGUAACAAUCAACUAGGAGAAUCAGGAGUCAGACUGCUCUCUGCUGGACUGGAGGAUCCACACUGGAGACUGGGGAAACUGAAUGUGGAUCAUGGUGAAAAUUUGAGGAUGAAAUCAGGACCGAAGAGUAAGUCAUUUAUUAUACAGAAC